CCAAGGACGACGGACUCUAUCCGAAGGACCUGGUCCAGCAGGCGCACGUCAAUGCAAUGCUCCAUUUCGAGUCCGGUGUGCUUUUUGCCCGCUUACGCUGGAUUCUGGAACCGGUCUUCUACUGGGGCCAGACGGAGGUACCACAGGAGAAGCUCGAUUCGAUUCAGAAGGCUUACGAUCUGCUCGAAGGCUCGCUGGCUUCCGCUGGUACGGACUAUCUGGUAGGCAGCAAAAUAACGCUGGCCGACGUCAGUGUCUCGACGUCCCUCUGCACGCUGAACGCACUGUUCCCGGUCGAUGCCACCAAGUACCCGACGGUGGUGGCUUACCUGGCAAGACUCGAGAAAAACCUCCCGCACUACAAGGACAUAAACACCGAUCGUGCCAACGAGGCGCUACAACUGUACAACCAGAAAGUGGGCAAGGCAUAAGCAACGGUGAUGCUGGCCGAUUUGUAUUUACGUUUUAUGAAGCGGCCGUCUGAACGGCGCUAGGAAUAAAACCGAGAGAAGCAUUUGCAUAAAUCGA